AUGGCUCCUAUAUAUAAUUCUAACGGCUCUUCUGGUCCUAGCGAUACAGAUGCUAUCAGUGACUAUAUAAGGAUCUCCCUUAAAGCAGAUAGGCCUAAGCAAGAUCCGGACGAAGGACCUUUGAUCCCUGCCUCGCCAGAGUCCGAGGCAGACAAUUCGUCAAAUUCCGAUAGCUCUCCCAGAUAG